CGUGGUUUCAUGGCCAGAGCUGUUAAUGGUGGCUCUGUAAGGGACAUUGUAUGACUUUGUCCCGUGUAUUGCGGGGUGGUUGACCAAGAAGACCAUUCGUUUAGACAGGCAGCAAUUGCCAAAAACAAUGGAGGCUCUUAUUCCAGUCAUUAACAAGCUUCAAGACGUGUUUAAUACAGUGGGGGCAGAUAUCAUACAGUUGCCGCAGAUUGCGGUGGUUGGAACGCAGAGCAGUGGGAAAAGCUCCGUGCUGGAGAGCCUGGUGGGUAAAGACCUCUUGCCCCGUGGCACGGGUAUUGUCACGCGCAGGCCUCUCAUCCUGCAGUUGGUGCAUGUGGACCACGAAGAUCGCCGGAAGACGAGUGACGAGAAUGACCCCAAUGCCUGGAAAAAUGGACGCCUUUACAAAGGUGUGGAGAGUGAAGAGUGGGGCAAAUUCUUACACACAAAAAAUAAGCUUUACACAGAUUUUGAUGAAAUCAGACAAGAAAUUGAAGCUGAAACAGAGAGAAUUUCUGGCAACAAUAAGGGCAUUAGUGAUGAGCCCAUCCACCUAAAGAUCUUUUCCCCUCAUGUAGUUAAUCUUACUCUGGUGGAUCUGCCUGGCAUCACAAAGGUCCCUGUUGGUGACCAGCCCAAAGACAUUGAGAUUCAGAUCCGUGAGCUCAUCCUGAAAUACAUCAGCAACCCUAACUGCAUCAUCUUGGCAGUCACAGCUGCAAACACGGACAUGGCCACCUCUGAGGCCCUCAAAGUGGCCCGUGAGGUUGACCCCGAUGGCCGAAGGACACUGGCCGUGGUGACCAAGCUGGAUCUAAUGGAUGCUGGCACAGAUGCGAUGGAUGUCCUCAUGGGCAGAGUUAUUCCUGUCAAACUGGGACUCAUUGGAGUGGUCAACAGGAGUCAGCUGGACAUCAACACCAAGAAGUCCGUGGCUGAUUCUAUCCGUGAUGAGCAUGCUUUCCUCCAGAAGAAGUAUCCCUCCUUAGCUAACAGAAAUGGAACCAAAUACCUGGCCAGAACGUUGAAUAGGCUUCUGAUGCACCACAUCCGGGACUGCCUGCCCGAGCUGAAGACACGCAUCAACGUCCUGGCGGCGCAGUACCAGUCUCUGCUCAGCAGCUACGGCGAGCCAGUGGAGGACAAGAGCGCCACCCUGCUGCAGCUUAUUACCAAGUUCGCCGCUGAGUACUGCAACACUAUCGAGGGAACAGCCAAACACAUCGAGACCGCUGAGCUGUGUGGUGGGGCCAGAAUUUGCUAUAUUUUCCAUGAGACGUUUGGUAGGACACUGGAGUCGGUUGACCCUCUUGGUGGGCUCACGACCAUAGAUGUGCUCACAGCAAUCAGAAAUGCUACGGGGCCACGUCCUGCUCUGUUUGUGCCGGAGGUGUCGUUUGAGCUGCUGGUGAAGAGGCAGGUGAAGCGUUUGGAGGAGCCUAGCCUGCGGUGUGUGGAGCUGGUGCACGAGGAGAUGCAGAGAAUCAUCCAGCACUGCAGUAACUACAGCACACAGGAGUUACUGAGGUUUCCAAAGCUUCAUGAUGCCAUAGUAGAAGUGGUGACGUCGCUCCUGAGGAAAAGACUUCCCAUCACUAAUGAGAUGGUUCACAAUUUGGUGGCUAUUGAAUUGGCGUACAUCAACACCAAGCAUCCGGACUUUGCUGAUGCAUGUGGACUAAUGAACAACAAUAUCGAGGAGCAGAGGCGUAACAGAAUGAGAGAGCUUCCCUCGGCGGUACCACGUGAUAAGACUCUGAAGGGUCCCGGUGGGCAGUCUCUGUCCCCUAGCGAGCCACCCCUGGCUGAGGGCGAUGCCCCCAAGGGAGACCAGGAGGCAGGCGCAGGGAGCUGGAGGGGCAUGCUGAAGAAAGGGGAGGAGAGCCAGACGGAGGAGAAGCUGAAACCACAGGGGCCUGUCCCAGCCAGCCCUCAAAAAGGACAUGCCAUCAACCUGCUGGACGUGCCCGUCCCUGUUGCCAGGAAACUGUCUGCCCGAGAGCAGAGGGACUGUGAGGUCAUUGAAAGGCUCAUCAAGUCCUACUUCCUCAUCGUGCGCAAAAACAUUCAGGACAGUGUGCCCAAGGCUGUGAUGCACUUCCUGGUGAACCAUGUGAAGGACAGCCUGCAGAGUGAACUGGUGGGACAGCUGUAUAAAUCAGGGCUGUUGGAUGACCUGCUCACCGAGUCGGAGGACAUGGCCCAGCGCCGCAAAGAGGCUGCAGACAUGCUGCAGGCCUUGCAGAAAGCCAGUCAGGUCAUUGCGGAGAUCCGGGAAACGCACCUGUGGUGACGACUUCUACCUGCUGCCUAGCCCUGCCCCUGCCCCCCACUGUCUGGACCUUGCAGACAGCCAACUUGAAAAUGCACUGGUGUUAGUUUUCUGUGUGUGGAUAAUAGUUUUGUCACAUGCUAUGGACUCUCAUUUGAUGUACUCGAGGACACAGAAUGUUUUGUCACACCAACACAGCGUUGUCUUUCAUCACCUUAAGUAUGUAAACAACCAUGUAAGCCUCUUUUUCCUGCAGCCCAGGGAAGCAACGUGUCCCUGAUAGAGCUUCAAUUAAAAGUAGUAAUGUAAAAGAAUAAAAUAAUGAAAAGAACACAUCUGUUUU